GCGCCACUUCGCGGCUCGACUCAUCGGCGAUCGUCGCUUCAGCUGCAGCAACAGCGGGGCCCGGGCCAGCGAGACAAAAGAAAACCUAAGCCAUGUCUGGACGAGGCAAGACCGGUGGCAAAGCCCGCGCCAAGGCCAAGUCGCGUUCUUCCCGCGCCGGGCUGCAGUUCCCCGUGGGUCGCGUUCACCGCCUUCUGCGCAAGGGCAAUUACGCGGAGCGGGUGGGUGCCGGCGCGCCCGUGUACCUGGCCGCGGUGCUCGAGUACCUCUCGGCCGAGAUCCUCGAGUUGGCGGGAAACGCCGCCCGCGACAACAAGAAGUCGAGGAUCAUCCCCCGACACCUGCAGCUCGCCAUCCGCAACGACGAGGAGCUCAACAAGCUGCUGGGCGGCGUGACCAUAGCGCAGGGCGGCGUGCUGCCCAACAUCCAGGCCGUGCUGCUGCCCAAGAAGACGGGCCAGGCGGCGAGCAGCGGCAGCGGCGGCAAGGCCGGCAAGAAGUCGUCGCAGUCGCAGGAGUACUGAGCGCGUUUUUCCUCCAUGCGCAUGCCUCCCCCCCCUCCUCCUCCUCUUCUUCUACUUACACCUCUAUGACCGCCUCCAUUCUUCUACGACCGACGACCUCUUCUGCCGUCUUCAUCUACGACAACGCAGCCCGACUGUGCACGGCUCCGUCGCCGCCACCACCACAUGGACUGGGCAGCGUGGUGGGAUGAUGUGAGCAGAGAAGACCCCGUGGUCCCAGCCCCUGGCACCGUUCACCUGCGAGCUUCGGGGGGGGGGGGGGGUGGGUUGGUUGAUGGUCGACAUCGUGGGGGGCUGGUGAUGCUCUGGUAUUUGGGUAAACGAUGGGAAAUCUGCUUUUAAGGGUGGGAGGUUGUAUGAAUUAACGAUGCUGACGAAGCCCAGGAGAUAUCGGGAUUAGUGGCGUUAAUUAUAAGUUGGUGAUGUUAAGAGUUAAUUGCUGUGCCCCCCCUUUCCCCCACGUGCCGUGCUUGUGUGUACGUACCGCUUGGGUUUCAACAGCAGUAACUGUGCUUGCUUUGGUUGAUUUUGUUUUCAAUUGUGACGAUUGUUCUGCGUUUCAACGUGACAAUAACCCCCGGGUGGGUUGACCGCUCGGGUAGUCCAACAUGGGGAAGGGGGAGACGCAGUUACUAUGGGAAAAUGGCGUGCGCCUAACACGGCGGGCAAGAUGUCGCCACGCUUUAAAAGCAAAGGGGGGUUUGUGUGUGUGGGGGGGAUUGCCUACAUGGCGGGGCUUAACGAUGGUAAAAGAUUAAACCAAUUUCUCGGGUGUGCACAGUUUUGUUAUCGUUGCUGAUGGGUACAUUGCAGUGUAGGCUCGCGUGAGCGGCUGCUAAGCGAGACCCGUGUUGUCUUUUUGAGCAAAGCGGAACGCGAUUGGUUGGUGGAGUGGAUGUGAGCCGAGGUGGUUGUGAGGUUGGUUGAUGCGGUUGUUCAUUGAGCCAGACAAUCGCCUAACCCUGUGCCGAAAGGGGGGCCCCCAGCACCCAUCCCACGUGUUGCCUUCACCAAAGGCUGUUCGUUCCAUCUCUUUAAUUCGCCACUCUCCCACGUGUCUGCUCCCCCUCCCCCCGAGGUACACCCAAUAGUUUUCUAGAAAGUAGCCUGAGUAAUCGGUUUAGCAAUGCGAUGGCUUUUGGGGCUCACAUCGGCGGGACGGAUAUUUAGUUUAAUGGAGCCGCUGGUUCUUGAGUUGGAAGUUGAGCGCUAUUUCUCCAGCCUCUUCACCUUCAAAACAAUUUGGAUGUAACCUCAACCCACACCGCCUCCCGAAGCUAUUUGUUAAGAUGUGUUCGCUUGUGGGGGGCAUAGACCGGACUCCUGUUCAUAAUGUAGGUUUCUAGAACGUUUGUGGCCACGUGGGUUGGGGGAUGGGAGAGUUUGUGGCGUUGUCGGGCCUUAGGAGGCUACGAGAUUUGGGUGGGGGGGGGGGUUCACGUGUACCAGUCCACACACCAGCAUGAAUUCUGAGCUUGUCGACAGCAACAACUUUGUUGCUAUUGGUCCAGGCAAUGUUGGCGUUGUGCUUUGCUGCUGUCUUUUUCUUUCACACAACUGGUAUUUUUAACCACAGUUCCAAGUUUUUCUGAACGUUUUUGAGCGUUGGUGUCUAUAUUUACAUCUGGUUUUUAUAAUUACGUUUUAGUUGAUAUUCGAAAUAAAAACAUUUGAAGCAUAA